AUGAUACCUGAGUUGAAAAAACUCCCGCGAGACACCGAAAACAGCGAAUACCAAAAACCAAAACCGCUAACCGUCGAUCCAACCAUCCAGAUUGCCCCACCUCUUCGCCAAGUUGCGCUGAGUUUGAACCACAGCGAAACAAUGCCUUCUCUUUCCGAGUUUGUGUUCAAAGGGAAGAGUGAAGACAACAACAGAACCAUUGAACUGAAAGCUGUUCCAACUGGUGUGUUUGGUAACAUUCAGAUCAACAUUCCUCAACAAAACGACGUUGAAAAUAAGACAGAAAAGCCUGCCAUGAACGAAGAUACCGAAAGCAUCAAAUUGGGAUUAGAAGAAGUAUUGGAGAGUGAAGUUGAGGAUAUUGAUCAAUACGAAAGAGAACACGAACUCGAGAUAUACGAGCCAAAGUUGGUGAACGAGAUUUACUCGUAUUUAUUUGAAAAGGAGAAAGUGUUUCAACUCGGUGAAGACUUCAUGAACAAACAGCAAAGUAUAACAAGCAACAUGAGGUGCGUUCUUCUCGACUGGCUAUUCGAGGUUAUAUCUUUCCAUUUUGAGUGCACAAUCGAGACGUAUCUACUCACCGCUGCGCUCCUUGACGACUACCUCUCAAAGGUCCGUGACACACCCAAAAACGAGUUUCAACUACUUGGAGUCGCCAUACUACACCUGUCCACACGAUUUGAGGAACUCAAAUUUUUUUCGGUCUAUGACUUUGUCACUGUGUGUGAUAACGUCUACUCAACAAAACAAAUUUUAAACUGCGAACGAGUUGUGUGUAAGACGCUGGACUAUUCCUUUGUGAGGCCACUUUCAAUUGAUUUUCUCAGAAGGUUUGACCGCGCGGCAAACACGGACGGGAUGGAGCACACACUGGGAAAGUACAUUAUUUUGAUCGCCACAAUCGACAACAAUAUGUCCAAGUACCUUCCUUCACAGAUUGCCGCGGCUGCAGUAUUUCUCCACAGGAAAAUUAUGAAUAUAGUCCCGAUUUGGACAAAGACAAUAGAGAAGUAUUCAACAUACAAAGAGAAGGAUGUCAUUCCAAUAGCCCGAGAGCUGAGAACGCUGUUCAUAUCGAACUCAGCUGCUGCGAAUAAAUGCAAGACGAUGUUCAAAAGGUUUUCAUCUGGGGUUUUUCGAAACGUGUCUACGCUCGCCGCGUGUGAUGAGUUUUAA